UUUGCCCAUUUCUAGGUCAAAAUGACCGGUUAUGAACCCAUGUGCGCUGCACAUGCGAAAUCCAAGGUUAUUUUUGUCUUUUCCAUUUAAAAAUCCAUAAUUCCUUUAAUUUUCUCUCAAUUUCUCUCUUAUCUCCAUUAUUUUCCCUCUUCAAUUAGCUAGAAAUGGUGUUAUUUUCUUUAUGUGAAGAUGGGCGAUUGUUAAGGAUGAAGCAGUCGCUAGAAAAAUGGUGAAGUCCAUCGAAGUCAGCACAAUCGGAGUGUCGAAAGAAGCGCAAAACAGAGCAGCCACCAUUCUUGAAAUCAUUUCCCUUAGCUGCUGCAAAAGUGAUGACAACAAACUCGAGAAUUUCUUCGAAUACAGCCACAAUCUAAUGGCCGAAACGUGGAAGAAACUUAGAGAAGCUAUCAAGAACAACAAACUCUUUCACGUUGCCAAAUUUCCGAACCUGCACUGCAAUUUCACCAAAGACUACAACGAAGUAUAUCCCGCUUUUGCGUGGAUGAAAUGCAACGAGAGCGAACUUUGACUGGUCAUUUGCUGUAGGUUCUGUAAAAAAUCUUGAUUCCAUUGCUGUUAAUUGAUGCAUCCCCAUCUUCGUUUUGAUAAGCUUCCACAUUGAACAACGACAUUGUGGGUUCGGAUUUGGGAUUGUAGAGAGAGAGAGAAAGAGGGGAAUUAAGGAAGAUGAAACUCGAAAGGGACGACUUUUACA